AUGCUCAAUACUAACCCAAUCCAUCAAUCUCAUCCCCAACAAAAUUCAACUGAUCAAGAAACUAAUGUUCCUACGCCAUUUAUUCUCGGAAAUGUUUCAAUGGAUCGAGUGAGCGAUGUUCCCGAAGAUGUUUUAAUUCUCAUAUUUUCCUAUCUUGAUUGGAAGGAUAUUAUUUUGAAUAUUGCAUUGGUGAAUACUACUUUUUAUAAUUGUCAUAGAAAUGAUAUAAUUUGGAAGAAAUUUAUUAAAUAUCCACAUCAUAUGCUGGAAGAAAAUGAUGACAAGUCUUAUUUAGAAAUCCCAUCCAUUGCAAAGAGUAUCAUCCGACGAAGAGUAAAAGAACGCACUGGUUCUACAAGUUUAUUGGAAAUAUUUAAAUAUGAAUAUUUGGUUCUUUACAAGGGGUGGUAUAAUUUUAGAGGAUACAGGAGUAUUGAUUCUAGAGAAGACCUUAGUAUUCGAUCAAAAUCAUUUGACUGUGAUUUUAUGACCAAUUAUAUGGACACAAUUAAGCUGCUUGACGAAGACUCUGAAAUUACGAACCCCAAUUUUGGUUACAAUAAUUUCACAUUCCAGAGAUCCACGGUGAAUCCUAACAUUUUACACAUGGCUACUUGCUCUCAUGUUGUAAAGUUUUAUAAUAUCCACUUGAAUAGCGAUGCAAUAUUCGGAGACAAUGCUGAUAUAGUUUCGAACAUUGAAUAUGUACAUGAAUGGAAAGAAACUUACGAACAGAGAGGUCUUCUUUGGUUUAUUGAAACACAACAUCAUCGAAUUCCACAUCUUGCACUCACUGGAGGAACAUCUGAAAAUAUUUUUUAUACUAAUUAUUAUCCUGAAAAUAGUGCAGAAGAGGCUAUUAAAAAUUCAGGAUGUAUUCCUCACAAGCAUAGAAAUGGAAUAUGGAAUGUGAAAAUCAUCAAUGACAAACACUUUGUGACAGCAGGUGCAGAUGGAAUUGCAAAAGUAUUUGAUAUCAAUACUCAAUCAGAAGUUCAAACCAUUUUAUGCGACAAGAAUGGAACCUCAACACAUAGAAGCGCCAUUUAUGACAUUGACUGCAAUCCAAUUGCAAAAGUUGUGGACAUUUUCAUGACUGCGUCUGCAGACAAAUACGUGAAAAUAUUUGACACCAGAUCGUCAUCUCUCAUUGGAUCUGUUUAUACAGAUUCUUAUCUAUACGAGAUUAAUGCUCAAUGUUUCGAUCCUUCUUCAGGACAGUACACUAUUUUAACAGGAACAGAUCGAGGUUUUGUGCAGCUGAUCGAUUUCAGAAAGGUUUCAUUGUCAUCCCCUGCGAAUGAAGGCAAAGCAGAUCCUUCUGUUAUUUAUGACAUGGAUCUUUUCCGAUUGGGUGCCAUUCGAGGAUUGUUGUGGGAUGGCCAAAAGAUUGUAUGUGGUUCCAAGUUGGGUAUUGUAGUCAUGACUACUGACAGUAAGGCACAGGCAAUGACUAGUGAUGCUUUGUCACAAGCUCCUAACAUUGACGACUUUAUUAAGCCAGAGGUUAUGACUGGAAAUAAUAGCACUCCUUGCCCAUGGAGGGUAGUCAAUUUUAUGCCGUACAGUGGUAUCAUGAGUUUAGAGAUGGAUGAUGAAAUUCUAGCUGGAGUUUCUUCCAAUGGAGAUGUAUGGAUUGGUCACUGUCCUCAAACUCACGUUCCUUUUAGCCGAAGAAGCAAUUUUUCCAACAACAAAAAAUUCACCCUUACGGAAUGCCUUGUACAAUAA